UUCCCUGGGGAACAGAAUGCAACCAGGGAUCUAGAGAGCUGUCACAUUCCAAGAAAUAUUUAAAUUGUGCUGAUUUUCUUCUGGAGAACUGAGCACAGGGAAUGAAACUCUCCAUCAAGUCAUAGCUUUGCGGGCAAUAGAUCAGAGGAUAUUGCCAGUUUUCUAAUGGAUUGUUGUUAUCGGGCAGGUUUUCUCUGAAGCUGUAUUCUAUUCAGAAUCAAACCUGUUAGACCUGCCUUCUGCUGACUUCUCAGCUUCUGUUAUAUCCUUCUUGGAUGGGGACUGGAGAUCAGCCAGAUCAGUUGUUUGCACAAAGCCGCUUUGGGUCUGCCUUUUCAAACAAAAGCUGCAGAAAAUGUUAUAGCAAGGUUGAAGCUUUAUUCCACUCUGACUCACCCAGAAAGCACAACCCUGAUUUUUCAUGAGAAGGACCAUCUAUGGAACCUAAAACUGUAUCAACAUUUUCUGCAGAGGACAGAUUGUGAACAACUUCUUUCUUAAGGCCAUAGCUUCCUAAUCAAUAAAGUAAUUCAUACCAUGGGAGAAUGAAAAAGAGGAGAGACUGAAAGGAGAGAAUGUUUAAAUUUCACCAAGUGAAACAUAUUUUUGAUACACUAGAUAAAAUGCGAUACCUGCGAAAACGUUCUACGGUCUCAUUCUUGGGAGUUCUUGUCAUUUUCCUUCUGUUUAUGAACUUGUACACUGAAGAUAGCUAUGUUAUGGAAGGAGACAAACAACUUGUAAGGGAAACAUCUACACAUCAACUGAAUCCAGAACGCUAUGUGCAUACUUUCAAAGAUUUAUCUAAUUUUUCAGGAGCCAUCAAUGUCACCUAUCGCUUCUUAGCUGUCAUGCCUUUACAAAGAAAGCGGUUUCUUACAAUUGGACUUUCAUCAGUGAGACGAAAAAAAGGAAAUUAUUUACUUGAGACAAUCAAGUCAAUUUUUGAGCAAUCCAGCUACGAAGAGUUGAAGGAAAUUUCAGUGGUGGUUCAUCUAGCUGACUUUAAUUCAUCCUGGCGUGAGGUCAUGUUACAGGAUAUUACACAGAAAUUUGCCCACCAUAUUAUUGCAGGAAGAUUAAUGGUUAUACAUGCUCCAGAGGAAUAUUACCCAAUCCUGAGUGGCCUUAAAAGAAAUUACAAUGAUCCAGAAGACAGAGUGAGAUUUCGUUCCAAGCAAAAUGUAGAUUAUGCUUUUUUGCUUAAUUUUUGUGCCAAUAUUUCAGACUAUUAUGUAAUGCUUGAAGAUGAUGUUCACUGUUCAAAAAAUUUCUUUACUGCCAUCAAGAAAGUCAUUACAUCCCUAGUAGGAACUUACUGGGUAACCCUUGAAUUCUCUAAGCUUGGCUAUAUUGGAAAACUUUAUCAUUCUCAUGAUCUCCCACGUUUGGCACACUUUUUAUUAAUGUUUUAUCAAGAAAUGCCUUGUGAUUGGCUACUAACUCAUUUCCGCGGUCUAUUGGCUCAGAAAAAUGUGAUUCGUUUUAAACCAUCUCUCUUUCAGCACAUGGGUUAUUACUCAUCAUAUAAAGGAACCGAGAAUAAGCUGAAGGAUGAUGAUUUUGAAGAGGAGCCAUUUGAUAUCCCAGAUAACCCUCCUGCAAGUCUAUAUACCAACAUGAGUGUUUUUGAAAAUUAUGAUGCAAGCAAGGCUUAUAGUAGUGUUGAUGAAUACUUUUGGGGAAAAUCACCGUCAACAGGAGAUGUCUUUGUAAUUAUAUUUGAAAAUCCAAUUGUAAUCAAAAGAAUUAAAGUGAAUACUGGAACAGAAGAUCGACAAAAUGACAUUUUGCAUCAUGGAGCCCUAGAUGUUGGGGGAGAUAUUAGAUAUUUUAAACAAAAUAGACAAUGUGUUACUUACAUAAGACUAGGGGAAUUCAAAAAUGGAAACUUUGAAGUAUCUGAUGUAAAUCAAAAAAUUCCAUUUGAUAUACAUUGUAUGAGGAUAUAUGUUACCAAAACACAAAAGGAAUGGCUGAUUAUUAGGAGUAUUAGCAUAUGGACUUCUUAGCCAAUUAAAUCAAUAUGUCCAGUUACUGAAGCAGGUCUUCCUGUUUCCUUUUUGGCUACCUUCCUCUUUUGCUCCCUUUAUCCUCUGGAGGGAAAACAAUGGAUCAGAUGUUCAAAAACUAAUUUUGGCAGUUUUGAUUUACACAUAGUCAGCAUACUUUUACUCUAAUACACACAUUUAACUUCUGAAGUUGAGUAUCAGUUCACAGUUAAUGCUACUUUUGUUUAUAUUUUAAUGUUAUCAUAUUACUUUCAAAAUUUCAUCUGAAUGUCAAAAAGUGACAUGAAGGAUUUCAAAUGAGAAAACGUAGUUUGUUGGAUGGUGAAUCUUGAAAACUAGUUGCCACUGUAUGCACUUAGUUAAGAAGUGACUUCAUUAUAUCAUCAGAUAAUUUUAUUAAGCAUCUCUGUGACUAUGCAGUUGGUUAGAAUGAUAAUUUUUUUUUCUUGUAAACUUAGGUUUCCAUAGACUUCUGUACAUCUACAAUGAAUACCUCCUUAUAGAAGUGAUGUCUUUACAACAGAAUUUUGUGUGUAGGUGGGGUGAUGGAAAGAAAAAAAAAAGACUUAAAAAAUAUCUUCCCCUGACUAUAUAAAAGGGGACAUUGUUCAAUGUAUAAAAACUUGAACACCUAUUGUCAAUAAAUUUUCUGUGGGAAGCAGUCUUUUUCUAGUUUCCCUUUUGCAAAGAAGAAGUUAUGCUCAAUAUUUUCAGGUUCCAUUGGGUACCUGCAUUUAAUAGAAGAAAUUAAAGAAGGCUUAUAGUUAUUCCAUUCUUAAUGAACAUUUUCAGUAU